UUUAUUCAUUCACCUUUCUUAUUUAUCUCUCUUCUCUUUCCUUUUCCUCGCCCCCUACUUAUAAUUUCCAUUUUCCCCCAGAGAUAGAUAAUUUAACUAAUUUCUUCCUCCCUCUUCUGUCACCAAAUCUGCCUUUUCUCCUUUAGCUAUGGGCGUCGCCGUUCUAAAUCCCCAAGACUGUUUGAGAGAUCCCUUCUCCCACAUGAGACAUCAUCCUCGUAACCCUAGCGCAUGUCCCAACAGGCAGAAAAAGCCGGUUUCCAACAACCGUACGCGCCGGAGCCCUCCACGUAAUCAAUCCACCAGAUCUCCUUCUCCUCCUAUCGCGCCGCCUCUUCCUCCUCCUCGUGCGGCUGUCUCUGCUUUUGUUCCCAAGGGAACGGUUAAGAAGAGUCCUAAAAACACCGUCGCCGUUGGUCAGGUUAGAAUCCUCAAGCGCGGUGAAGAAAUUCCUAAGAAGACUUCGGAUCUCGUUGUUGCAAAGUCAGAUCUCGUUGUUGUGAAGCCAGAUCUGGUUGUUGAGAAGUCAGAUCUGGGUUCUACUCGUCGUAUUGGACCAGAUCCCGGUUUGAUUCCGAGUCAAAUCCGUUUGUCUGGCCGCAAAUCAAAAUCAGCACCGUUUUACGCCGGUCCGGUGACCAUGACCUCGCCGCCUCCGAGCGAUGUACCGCUUCCAGCUUUUUUCACGAAGAAGAGCGUCUCUUUGUUCCAAGCCGCCGAUGCAACCAAUGAUCUGAUCAGGAUGCUUCGCUUAGACAUCGCCUGACGGCGUUUGUCUCCGGUCAUCUAGGUUUUUAAAAAAAUCUACGAUGAUCCCAAAUGGUUACCCAAGUGUUACAAUUCCAUUUCCAGAUCGUCAGAUUCCGCCUUAAAACCGGAGAUCUACAAGAAAAAAAUAAUCUCCAGACGAUGAUGAAUCUAGAAGAUGAAGAAACACACAUCUUCGUUAUGAACCGUUUCGAAUCUUCCCUUAUUUUUUCAAGGGGCAAGAUCGAAAUAUUUUCUUAACAGGUCUUAGUUUCUCUUCUUAGGGUUUAGUGUUUGUGUAGGAGUAUAUGUGCAUAGCCUUUUAUUACUAUUCUCGUUUUCCUUUCUGUAUCUCAAGGUGCUUUAAUCGUCAGGUUCUCUGCGUAAUUAUAGGUAUCGUGUCUCGAGUCUUUCUUAGGGUACUUGGUGUUAUUUAGGUCGCAAGGCGUAAGUAUAGAGUUGUGUUUACUGGUAAGAUGAAGCUUAGGUUUCGAUGUAAUCUGUAGCAGUAUUGCAAUCCUCUGUAUUACUUCUAUCUUUAAUGUUUCCUUAGUUUUAAGUUUAAUUUGGGUUUUUCUUCUUCUAUCGCGGUCUCUUGUUCUUUUCGUAAGGGUUGUUCUUCGUUUGUUUUCGUGUCGUUUAGGUUAAGGCAAACCACAGAGAUAGAUGUAUUUACUGGUUAGAUGAAGCGUAAGGCUUCCAUGUGAUCGUCUGUAAUACAGUUCUCUGUACCUACCUUUAAUAUUAUCGAAUAUAUAAGUUCUAUUUUGGCUUUCA